AGUGUGGUCUACUAUUAAAACAUUAUUCACAUUCAAUUUGUUUAGUAAACCGCCGCUUACCCACACACCCCUCAGUCGCGUCCUCCGCCGCCGCGCCGCCGUUCAAUCCAUCACCGCCGAUUCAAUUGCUGUAUGCAUAUAAGCUGAAAUUUCGAUUUUUCUCACAUUCCGGAUAGUAUUUCCCAACAUUUGAAACCGGGCUCAGUAUCAAGGAAGGCGGCUGCGAAUUGUCUUCGAGAAUCGAGCAAUGGCGGAGAUAGGUUUCCGAUCCGUGCUUCUCAUCUCAGCAGUGUUUCGCGUGGUUUUGAUUCUGUACGGCGAGUGGCAAGAUGCUCACAUGGAGGUCAGAUACACUGAUAUUGACUACUUCGUCUUCUCCGAUGCCGCGGCAUUAAUGGCUUCUGGAAAAUCGCCGUAUGAAAGAUCGACGUAUCGGUAUUCGCCGUUGAUUGCUUUCCUUCUGAUGCCUAAUUCAUUCCUGCAUCGGUCGUGGGGAAAAUUCAUGUUUUCUGCAUCAGAUCUACUUGUGGGGUUGCUUAUCCACAGAAUACUGAAGUUGAGAGGAGUUCCUGAGAAACUAUCUACAUACUCGGCAAUGGUAUGGCUUUUCAACCCGUUCACCUUCACGAUUGGAACACGUGGGAACUGCGAGCCCGUUGUUUGCUCCAUGAUUCUAUGGAUUUUGAUAUGUCUGAUGAAAGACCAUCUCUUACAGGCUGCAUUCUGGUAUGGCCUUGUUGUUCACUUGAGAAUAUAUCCCAUAAUUUACGCACUCCCGAUCAUCAUACUUCUUGAUCCAUGCUACUUUCAACCUGGUAAAAAGCCCGCCCUCGUGCACUGGAGUUUUAGAACCUUAAAGUCAUCCCGUGACUCGAGCAAUGCAGAAAUAACUGGUUUCCAGUAUAUUUGGAACUUUUUCAGAAGCAUGAUAACAUGGAGACGAGUCAUGUUUGGAGUUCUGUCCGGAUCUACUUUCCUAAUCUUGACAGGAUUUAGUUUCUAUUUAUACGGAUGGGAUUUCUUGCACGAGGCAUUGCUAUACCAUCUCACACGUACCGACCCUCGCCACAACUUCUCGAUCUAUUUCUACCACAUAUACCUCCACUACGAACAUCAGUUUUCAAUCCUGGAGAAACUCAUCUCCUUUCUGCCCCAGUUCAUAGUCCAGCUGAUUCUAAUUAUUCGCUUCGCUCCGGACUUGCCAUUCUGUUUAUUCCUUCAGACAGUGGCUUUUGUAGCAUUUAACAAGGUCAUAACAGCGCAGUACUUCGUGUGGUUCUUCUGCCUGCUGCCUCUGAUACUUCCAUGGAGCAAUAUGAAGCUUAAAUGGAGAGGCCUGGCUUGCAUAUCCGUAUGGAUCGGAGCACAAACGCAUUGGCUGAUGUGGGGUUACUUACUCGAGUUCCGAGGCAAGAACGUCUUCCUUCAACUAUGGAUGGCAAGUCUACUCUUCUUGGCAGCCAAUACCUUUGUUAUGAUCAAUGUUAUUCGUAGCCAUGUAUUUUGUCCUCUGUUUAAACCAUUGCAGGCAUAUUCAAGCAAAGAUGAUUAGUAGUAUGAUUUUCUUGUAUCUUUUUUCUGAGUUUAGGAAUUUUGAAGGAUUUUUGUCGAAUUUUGCCUGCAACAAUGCUUAGAUCUAGUUUUGUUUGUGUCUCCUCGGAGUUGAAUUGAAUAUCAACAUACAAUCUGUCAUUUUU